AAAAUGACUGGCAUUACCAAAAUGCCCAAACUUCCCUCCCAAUUUCCACUUUCCCAAAACUAGGGUUUUACAUUUCCUUCGACUGCUCCCCAACCCCCCAGAAUUGGCUUCGUCUGUCUCAAUUUCACUCUCAGAAGAUGAACCGAACUCAAUUAAAGCCUUCCAAUUACCCAAACCCAGCAGACCCAUACCAACUCAUGCUGCAAGAGUCCAUCCACUGGUUCAUGGCUGAAUACCGAAAGGGCGUGACCGAUUUCUCAAGUUUCAGCUCCAUAUUUUCCCGAUUAAUACAAAUUCUACCCGAUCCGCCACUUGAAAUUGUUUGGUUCUAUUCGUCACUAACAGUUCACGCGGCCAAGCUCACAGCCCAAGAUUAUUCCUCAAAACGAGUCACGGUAGUUAAAGAAUUGUUCCAGUUACUGGUUUCUUGUUCCUCUCAUUGUGGCCACUCCAAAAGAAUUGCCAUACUCGCUCCGGUUAUUUACGAGUUGUACUGCUUGAUGCUUGAUAAGAAUAAUUUGGACAGAGAGGUGGAGAAUUUACUAGAGGGAGUGGUUAGUUAUAGUAGCAUUUGUUGCGGUGUGGAGCUUGAAGAAGAGGAAGAGGGACUGCUAGGUUCGAAUUCGAGUUUUUUGGAUGUGUUACGUGUGUGGAUGGUUGAUAGAACUGAGGCUGGGGAUGGGCUGAAAGUUUUUUUCCCCCUUGUAAGUGAGGAAGUCCGCAAGGGGAUUAGGAUGGGAUGUGGGUUUGGCUACUUAGCUGGGGUCGUGAUGUGUGAAGCUUUAUUGUUGAGGUUGUGCUUGAAGUUUGGUUCGGGUAAUUCAAGAGUAGAGUUGGAGAAGGAUGUGUGCAAUUGCACAGUUCAGAUGAUAACUGGGUUUGGUAGCUUUUGGUUUCUUGAUACCAUUCUCAAGACGCUGUUAGAGCCAAAUUUGCUUUUCACCUCCUUGCUGAGUUCUAAAGAUGAUGCUCUUUUACAAGAAGUUCUGUAUGAUGUUGUUAUAAGGUUGGGGAAAUCAUUCCUUGAACCUCCCAGAGUGAUUCAGCUGGCUGGCAAACAUUUGAAAAAUCUUAUUCUGACAUGGACGUUCGCUACUGAAACUGCCAUACGGUCUGUUAGGGAAAGAGGUAACCAGGCCAAGGCCUUAUCUUAUAUUAACGCCUUCUCUGAAUCUUGCUUACCCUCUCAAUUGAUCAAGUGGGUCACUAAUCAGACUGCCACAAAGGGAAAAAUAAGCAAACCGAAUGCUUGUACUCCUGUAGCUCUUCUUGGGUGGCUACUAAUUGUUGAAGAUCAAGGGGUCAAAGUAUUUGAUUGUGAAAUCUCCAAGCUUCAGGCCAAAGCAGUAAUUUGCAAGUCAAGAUUAGAGUAUGUUGUCUCAGAAUUAAAACCAGAAGGCAAGAACCUAGAUGAAAAUCUCCUGUUUAGUUCUACCAAGGUUGAAGUAGAAGAUAAAUUUGAUUGUGACCUGGAGAUGGCUGAUGCUGUGGAAUCCACAUUUUUGUGGGAUGAUGGUAUGAUGAAGGCAACAGCAGCUGAUGGGACAAGAAAACGCAAAGAAGGAAUAAAGGAUGAUAUGGAACUACAGGUUAAAUUUGGCAAAUAUCACUUUCAUGAGAAUUCAGUGAGAGAAAAGUUUUUGCCCAUGGGUACAAAUGAUGGUUUAAGCAGUGAGAGUGAGGUGGAUAAUCCAGUUCCAAUGAAGAUACAGAAGAUUUAAGUUAAAGAAUUUUGUAUAAUGAAACAAUAUACAGACUCUGCAGGAUUAACCCUUGUUGGUAAUGUAUCAAUGAGAAUAGAUAGUUCAUACUUAAUAGUUGUCA